AUGUCUCCUGCUCUGAAACGUGGAGUUCGAUCUGACAGCUUUGUAAAUACUCCUCCAGAGACGUAUGAUCGAAAGAAAGGUAGAACUGGUCUUGUUCUCUAUAAAGGAAAGGGCCUACCUAGACUCCCUGGUAAGAGACCCAACCCGCGAGCUCUUGCAGUCUAUCGUCGAAUCGGUGGUGCCAUGAUCAAUUUGCAAAAGCUACAUCAAGGAAAGCUAUCGUUACGUAAAGCUCAGAACACGAAAGAGAUGGCAGGAAAAGUAGCCACCCUGAGUAAGGAGCUCACAUCUAUUGUCAAGACCUUGACUUACGAUGGCAAGAUUGACAAAGGAGCAUACUACAAACUCUCUAUGGAUGAUAAGGCAACGUUUGAUGAUUUACUUACCAAGACAAAUCUCCUCUAUACUCAAAAGGAUUGGGUAGAUCCCAAGGGAGCACUGCUUGAGGAAUACCAGAAGCUCGCAGGAGAAGUGGCUAUUCAAGGUAAGGAUGCUAAUCCAGAGAUUAAAACGGAGCUCAGACGAGUUAUCGUCAGUAUGUUAGCUUGUGGAUUAACAAGCGAGCGCAGAGAUCUGCACAAAAAGCGAGUCAAAGUUGCGCCUGAUAGUGACGUGGAAAAUGAGACUGCAAAGUCACCACCAAAACUUAACAGAGACAAGAUGGAAGCACUUGAUCUAGAUAAAUUGAAAAAGUCCCUCCGAGAGUUAAUAGAUGAAAAGAGCACAGGUGGAAAUUAG